AUGCUUUCCGAUCAAAUUAAAUAGGUAUUGACAACAAACACUACGUCUUUUCUCGCCCCUAGGUUCUCUCGAAAAACUACACUACUUAAGAAGAGAAAUAAGGCUCUUUCGUCUUGUAGUAUUGAAGAUAUUGCUACAUACACAUAAUAAAAAAGCUCACAAUAACCUUAAUCCAAGUAACUAAUAGUAAGAUCGGAAUCAUAACACAAUCCAAUAACUCCAAUAGCAACUCCACAAUAGAGUAAUUCAGUGAGUUGUCAAACAAAUACAUCUCUAUUCGAUGAACAGCUACCUGACAUUCCUGCAUCUGAUCCAAUUUGGCUUGAGAUUAUUCCUUAGGAGGUGUUGCAAGGAUCAACAGUAGAAUAACUUCUCGAAGACAAUAAAGAUUACUUUUAUUAUUUGUUAGGAUUGUAUCUACAAGAAUAAAUGCAUGGAGAUUUUAAUAUGAACAAAUUUAUGUUGCCAACUAAAUGGUAAAGUUAAUAUGGACGUGAUUUUCCACUAAAAUAAAAAGAAAGAUAAGAAAUUAUUAAAAAUACUGUCUAUGAAGAUUAUAAGUCUCCUUAAACUUCAGAGUUUUCAAAGACCAGUUAUAAAACUCAUUUUUCAGCAUAUCCACCAAAAGAUUACAAUCCUAAAUUAGAAAGAAGAAAGUAUGAAAAAAGUGAGUUACAAUUUGCUACAUUGACAACAUAUAAAGUAUGAUAUUUAUGAAUUAUAUUAGGCCAAUCAUUUUGAUUUCCAAAGUAAUUUCAAACCUGAAAAAGUAACAGCAUCUAAACAUUUGACAACUGGAGGACUCUCAUUAUCUAGUUAGACUCUUUAUAAAACAGAAUAUUAAUGGCCUUAACCAAUAGAAUAACCUACAAAUUGUAAAAACAUUUAUUCAAAAUUGUAAACAAUCUCAUUAUUUUAAAUAAGAAAUCCAAUUCAAUCUUCUGGAAUCUUUUUCGAUAAAUAAAGAGAUGUCUACAAUUAAUUCCCAAUUGAUCCAAUAUCUAAAUAGACACCUUAUUCAUAAACUCCUACAUAUUAAAAAUAAUAUAUCUCUACAACUAAAAAGUAUUAAAUGUUCUAAAUUUAAAUUAGUGAUUUCUAGGGAGUAAGACUUGGAGAAGUAACUCAAAUGAAAAACUGGAGAUAAAGUGUCAUUAGGAGAAUGAAUUAAUUGAGAAAACAAUCGCAAAUAUGA